UUUUACUUUUUUAUAAACAUCGAAGCCCACUAAAAGAAAAGGAUGGUUCUUCUCAUGCUCAUCGAAGCCUCCAUCCAUCCAUCCUCCAUCCUUUACAGAUACUCGAAGCAUCGAUUAUAGAAAUACCAUUCACUUGCGCUAAAGUUGAAAAAAAAAAAAAAGAAACUGAAUUACAUUCCUCAGUCCUCGCUUUCUUUUUCCCCACAAAGCUCUUUUCCUUUCUCUCCCUCCUUCUCCCCUUCCUCUUCUUCUUUAGUUGUUUCUUUCAGGCUAAAGAAGAAGACUAGAUGAUGAUGAAGGCUCUUUUGUUCCUUAUCAUAUCUUUACCCUUCUCAUGGGUUCCUACCACACGAGCAGAUCCAAAACUAAUCAGCCCAUCCAGGAUGAAAAUGUUUGUGGAUGAGCUUCCAGACAUGCCCAGAGUUCAAGGUUUCGACUUCAAAAACGGUGUACCAGUAUCAAAAUCGCUAACAAUCGGCAUGUUCCAGAAGAAAUGGAAAUUCCAUAGAGAUCUCCCACCCACAACGGUUUUCGCUUAUGGAACUUCCCAGAAGACCGCUACUGUACCGGGUCCAACAAUCGAGGCCCUUGAUAACGUCGAAACCUCCGUGACGUGGAAAAAUCACCUCCCUUCAAAACAUAUCUUACCAUGGGAUCCCACCAUCCCAGCUGCCAUUCCCAAGAAGGGGGUUCCCACGGUUGUGCAUCUACAUGGUGGCAUUAAUGAACCCUCAAGUGAUGGGCACUCUAAUUCGUGGUUCACCGCUGGAUUCAAAGAGAGGGGCCCCACUUGGACCAGGAAAAAGUAUCGCUACCGUAAUGCUCAACAUCCGGGCACCUUGUGGUACCAUGAUCAUGCGAUGGGAUUAACGAGAGUCAACCUCCUAGCCGGCCUCAUCGGGGCCUACAUUGUCCGUCAUCCUGAGGUUGAGGUCCCGCUUGGACUUCCCCAUGGCGAUGAGUUUGAUCGUCCGUUGGUGGUCUUUGAUCGUAGCUUCCGCACCGAUGGUUCCAUCUACAUGAAUUCCACCGGAAACAAUCCGUCCAUACAUCCGCAGUGGCAACCGGAGUACUUCGGCGAUGCAAUCAUCGUCAACGGAAAAGCGUGGCCUCGGAUGACGGUACGCCGUAGGAAGUACCGAUUCCGCAUCAUCAACGCCAGCAACGCCCGGUUCUUCCGAUUUUUCUUCAGCAACGGUCUGAGAUUUAUCCAUGUCGGAUCUGACUCAUCUUACUUAUCUCGACCAGUCACGACCAACAAACUCCUCCUGGCCCCAUCCGAGAUUGCUCAUGUGAUCAUCGAUUUCUCUACAUCAACAUCUGAUGUGGCGAUCUUAGCCAAUGAUGCACCGUACCCGUACCCUGAUGGCGAUCCGACGGACGAGAUCAACGGUAAGGUUAUGAAGUUCGAAAUCACAGGAGAACGCGUAGUCGACACAUCUCGUGUCCCAGCGAAAUUGAUAGCGUAUCCCAAUCCCGAUGUGUCAAGUGCUUCAACUACUCGAUACAUCGCGAUGUACGAGUACACAACGCCAGAGGAUGAGCCUACUCACCUGUAUCUGAACGGGAAGUCGUACGAUGAUCCAGCAACGGAGUUUCCAAGGUCGGGGACAACCGAGAUCUGGAACGUGAUCAAUCUGACGGACGACAACCACCCGUUACACGUUCAUCUGGGAUUGGUUGCUGCUUUGGAACAGACGGAGCUGGUUGACCGUGAUAAGUUGACAGACUGCAUGAAGAAGGAGAACGAUGCAAUAAAGUGCCAACUAAGCAAGCACGCACGUGGCGAGAGACUCACCGUGCCAGCUCAGGAGAGAGGGUGGAAGAACGUGUUCAAGAUGAGACCGGGUUACGUGACCAAGAUCCUAGUCAGAUUCUCUCUCAUCCAUUCAAAUGCAUCAUAUCCGUUCGAUGCUACAGAGGAGCCUGGCUACGUUUACCAUUGCCACAUCUUGGAUCAUGAAGAUAAUGUGAUGAUGAGGCCUUUGAAAUUAAUCUCUUGAGUAGUGGGCUGGACCCCACAAAGGGGGAGGGAUUAUGUGUGAAGACUGAAGAGCCUAUGAUGGUACUUGUAACCCAUGAUUAAAUCACCCAAUAUCAAACUGGGAUUAGAGUGUAUUCAUUGGGCCUCAGGCCCAACAUGGAAUGAGGUGCAUAUUCAUAUUGUUCCCAACAACAAAACUAAUGAAAUAAAUCCCUAUACU